AUGAUCCACACACCGAAGAAAUUAUCCUCCGUGGAGGAACAGAAGCUCCAGCAAAAGAAGAAAGAAGAAACCAGAAUCAUGGAUGAUCAAUUGAAAGUGUACGUUCAUCAGAGGGGGGCAGUGAAGGGGAAGCUCACCCGAGUGAAAAACGCAUUACAACACAGUGAGGAUGAUCCAAAUCCGAACAUUGCGAAUGUUCAUUUCUUGCGCGCUCAUCUGCGUACAGUGGAGACAUGUUAUAGUGAAUUUAAUGACCUGCAAAACAAAAUCUAUGCGUUGCCCCUCUCUGAUGAACGUAGAUCGGAGCAAGAAGAUAAAUACAUCGAAUUCAAAUCGCUUCAUACCGAUUUGAAUAUUCGCAUCAACAUUCUGCUGGAAAAGGCGACGAAGCCGGAUGUCACGCAGCUACCGGCUCCGGGAGGUGCUCCAACGAUUGCUACGUCUGUUCAGACCUACUUGCCUCCCCUGCAAGCGCCUCUACCGACAUUCGACGGGUCCUACGACAAGUGGUUCUCGUUUAAGUCAAUGUUCACCACGAUUAUGAACCGCUAUAAACAUGAAGAACCAGCGAUUAAGUUGUUCCAUCUGCGAAACGCUCUCGUGGGUGCGGCAAGUGGUAUUAUCGACCAAGAUAUAGUGAACAAUAAUGAUUAUGAUGCCGCGUGGAAGUUCCUCACCGACCGGUAUGAGGACAGGCGUCUUAUCAUGGAUAAGCACAUUGAAGCCUUGACGAAUCUUCCGAAGGUAGCUAAGGAGAGCUCCAAGGACAUGCGGAAAUUGAUCGAUACCUGCACGAAAAAUGUAGAGGCGCUCAAGAAUCUGGCUUUGCCGGUCGCCGGUUUGAGAGAGCAAAUACUGCUGCACCAAAUAACGUCGAAGUUGGACAAGAGCACCCGAGUCGCUUGGGAGGGACGGCAGAAGAAAGGCGUGUUCCCGAAGUACGAUGCGACGAUCGACUUCCUGCAAGAGCAGUGCAGGAUUAUGGAGAAGAUUGACAUCAACACCAAAUCAACGAUGGAAAGUGCCAAAGUGAAGACAGUGAACAAAACCCACUCGUUGGUGGUUACGAAUGAACACAAGAAAGACAAUAAGUGCUCGUUGUGUAAAAACAAUCAUGAACUCUGGAGGUGUGAUCAGUUUAAGCAAAUGAGUGUGAGUGAUAAAUACAGUGCUUUGAAGAAAUUGCUUCAAUUGCCUACAACGGGGACACCGAACGACCGUGUGCCCAUCCUCGCACAACUGUCGCGACUGUGGCAAACGUCACCACACAUUGCUGCAUACAAGGAUGGGAAAAAAUCAUUAAUUUAUUGCGUAUCCCUCACUCACAUCCACGCACAAUCUGAUGCGAGUGUGCUUCUCCCUCAGUCAAGCAAAAUCUUUCCACUUUCAUUGCCCAUUCUUUCUAAUCGCCGAACACCGAGCGACGCAUGGUUUGGUUCAUGUUAUCAUAAAGCAUGUUCUAAAUUUAUUACCUAA